UUUUUUUUCACAGCUGGCCCACAACUCACUGUCACAGACCAUGCAGAUGUUUCCAGCAGCACAAAUGUGUUCAGGGAGUUAAAAAAAAAACCCCAACAACUGUCAUAGCUGGACUGAAGAGAGUUUUUGCAAGCAUAAAUAGCAAGAUUUCCUCUCUUCCCAUUGCAGAUUUUCCAGCUGGGGAGACAAAGCAAGUUCUCCUAACAACCUCAGAGCCACAGGAACACUGGCAAGGGAACGAGAAGCUCACAAGACAUGUCUGCUUCUGAGAAGACAACCCCAGCGCUGCUCGUAGUACUCUUGAGUUGUGUGGCUUGUGUCCCCCUUGAGGGAGAUAUCCUGUGUGGUGCAGAGGAUCCAGCCACCUACAGCCUUGUGUUCACGGGGAAAUGGAGCCAAGCGGCUUUUCCAAAGCAGUAUCCACUCUAUAGACCCCCAGCGCAGUGGUCCUCCCUCCUAGGUGUGGCCCACAACUCCGACUACGUCAUGUGGAAGGCCAACGGCUACGCCAGCAAUGGCAUGCGUGAGUUGGUGGAGAGAGGGGAACCGUGGGUGCUCAUGAAGGAAAUAGAAGCAGCUGGAGAGAAAAUGCAAAGCAUUUAUGGAAUCCUCUCCGCUGCUCCUGUGGUCACCGGAACAGGACAGACCUCAACGGUCUUUGAAGUUGACCCAGGUCAUCCCUUAGUAUCCAUUGCGGUGCGAAUCGUGCCCAGCCCUGACUGGUUUGUGGGAUUUGAGAAUUUUAAUUUGUGUGACAAGAACGGCUGGAAGCGCCACGUCUCCAUGGACCUAUUUCCAUAUGAUGCCGGAACAGAUAGCGGGUUUACGUUUUCCUCGCCCAACUUCGCAACAAUCCCCCGGGAUACAAUCACAGAAAUCACCUGCUCAGCCCCUAGCCACCCUGCAAACUCAUUUUAUUACCCCAAGCUUAAGACUCUCCCACCGAUUGCCCGAGUGUCCAUGGCCAAACUCAAAAGAAAGAAAUUGGGCUUCCUCUUCUCUCAACCAAACGUCACAACCACGGACAACGAAGUGGAGGAUUCCGUCUCAGAAACACCUUUGGAUUGUGAGACCUCUCUGUGGUCUUCGUGGGGUCUUUGCCGAGGCACCUGUGGAAAUUUAGGAACGAAAAGGCGGACUCGGUACAUAGUCCUUCAGCCGGCCAACAACGGAAGCCCUUGCCCAGAUCUGAGUGAAGAAAUGCAUUGUGAACCAGAUAAUUGUGUCUGAAAUCAUUCUUUUGGACAAUUGUUUACCUCGUGUAAUUUGGGGGAUAGUUAAGGUAUCUCUGCGUUGAUAUUUUUUAUAGCUCAAGAGCUAUCUAUCCAGCUAGCCAUCCAUCAAUCCAUAGAUAGAUGUACUUAGGUAUACGGGCUUUCUACACAUUUAUUGUGAACUCCUACAGUGUCACCUAGCGGUCAGAAGUAAUAGUAGUAGUAGUAACUCUAAUAGUGAACUUUAAGAGUUACCGACAUCUGCAGGAGGAAAAGAGGCAGGCAAGACUCUUUGCAUUUCUGCUACUUCUGAAUUGUAUUUAAUGCAUCUGAGGAAUAAUGAGCUGGUUUCUACUGAGAAUUAAACAUGUAAGUUUUGAGGGGGAUCAACUUGAAGGAAAAAAAAACCCGCAUCUUUCUCAAGACUACAAGAAAAAGCCGAGAUUUUUGUUGGUUUGUUUGUAAUUCUAGACAUUUUUAAGCUAUCGUUUGAAAACUCUUGGGGUGGCUUUUGUGAAAGUUGGCAAGCUUUACCCUUUAUGCAGAUGUCUGUGAAUUUUGUCCUGUUCUGGGAAGAGCUAAGAAGGAGAAGUGUAAGAAAAAAUUACUGAAAAGUUUGUGCACGGAUGCGUAUGAUAUACUUCCUCGACUUCUUACAGCAUUCUAUAUUUCUGGAUUUUUUUUCCUAAUUAAAAACAAACAUUUUGCCUCAGAUUAAAUAAUAGAAGGAUGGAGAGUGUAUCCCUCCCUCCCCCAAUUCACGCAUCGUACUUUGGUUGGUUGUACAUUAUACACGCACAUGCAACAUUUCAACCUAAGGAGCCAAUUCCACGAUGGCUUUUUAUUAAGUUUAUUUUAACUUAACCUCCUGGCACUCAGUGUUUAAUUAUCUAAGUCUGCAAUCUUGAGCCUAUUUCCUUGGAAAGUCUCGUUGGGCGCAGCAGGGGGCAGUUCCUAAUAAAGCAACACAUUAUAAAAGUGUCAAA